CGGUUAUUCAUGCGUUUUAUAGAAUGGAGCAAUUAAAGGUUCAAACAAAAAAAUAUUUAACCUAGAAAAAGAGAAGAAAUUACUAUUCUGUUACAAUUUUACUCCAAAUUUUAACCAUGCUGUUGUUUUUCUGAGCACUCGAAUGCUGUAAAUCCGUUGGAAAAUCAAGAAAUUCAGUUGAGAUGUCGAGCAAUGUGCCGAUCCAGUCGACUGCCGGAGCAGUCCCUCUAAAAAAUGAAAAAGGUCAAGUUUAUAUGCAAAAGGUCAAAGUUAACAGAUAUGUAACCGGUAAAAGACCUGAUUAUGCAGCAGAUUCCUCAAGUGAAGAAAGUGAUGAUGAGUUUGAACUUCAGCGACAGAAAAAAGCACCUAAGGAAGAACCAGUUGAACAAGAAGAAAAGGAACCAGAAGUGAAAGAUCGUAGGUUAAGAAGAUUACAGGACAGGGAGACAACUCAGGACAGUGAUGAAGAGGACAGAGUAACCAGACACAGAAGAGAAGUUAUUGAACCAGAAUUAAUACAGGAAGGAUCAGAUUCUGAGACUGAGGCUAGAGGUCGCAGGGAUGAAGAAGACAGUGAUGCUGAAAAUGAAGAUAUAGAUGAAGAGGAAAUAGAGAGAAGAAGAGCUUUACUGAGACAGAGGGCAUUGCAAAGACAGGAAGAAGAGGAAAUUUUAGAUGUAGAAGAAGAAAAAGAUGAUGCUGAGAGUGAUGAAGAAUCAUCAGAAUACGAAGAAUACUCUGAUUCUGAGGAAGAAACAGGUCCUCGUCUGAAACCUGUCUUUGUCAGAAAAAAGGACAGAAUAACCAUACAGGAGAAAGAAAGAGAAGAAUUGAAGCAGAAACAGUUAGAGAUAGAAGCCAAGAAAUUAGCCGAAGACAGACGUAAACAAACACUUAAGAUGGUGGCUGACGAAGCUCGCCGUGAGAUUGAAGAAGAAAAGAUUAUGGCAGAGGCAUGUGAUCAGCUGGAAUCUAGUGAGGAAAAUGAUGAGGAGGAGUAUGAAGCAUGGAAAGUACGGGAGUUGCGAAGACUGAAACGGGACAAGGAAGAGAGAGAAACAAUAGAGAAGGAGAAAUCCGAGAUAGAGAGAAUGAGAAACAUGACAGAGGAAGAUAGAAGACAGGAUUUGAAACUAAAUCCUAAAACUGUCACAAAUAAGGCUCCUAAAGGGAAAUACAAAUUCUUACAGAAAUAUUACCACAGAGGGGCAUUCUUCUUGGAUGCAGAUGAUGACAGAUUACAACAAGAUUUCUCUUCUCCCACACUGGAAGAUCACUUUAACAAGACAGUCUUACCUAAAGUCAUGCAGGUUAAAAACUUUGGACGUUCAGGAAGGACAAAAUACACCCAUCUUGUGGAUCAAGAUACUACACAGUUUGAUGCCCCAUGGAUGACAGACACAUCACAAAAUCUCAAAUUCCAUACAGCAAAAGGUGGAGGCAUGAAACAAAGCUUUGAGAGACCUUCAGGACAAAAGAAAAAAUGAAAAUACAUUGUUCAUCAUUGUGGUAGUUCAUCUCAUUUCAUUUCCAUGAUGGUCAGAUCUGGACUGUGACUAUUUUCCAUUGUAAAGACUAUGACUAGUUUUCUACUGUGAAGAUUGAAACUAUAUUCCAAUGUAACAGACUGUGACUAUCUUUUAUUGUAAUAUGAAACACAGUAUUAUUUAAUAGAUUACUGUUCAAAUGAUUUUAGGUAUUAUUGCUAGUAUAAAAUCUAACAGCACUUACGUAAAAGUUGCAAGGGAUGGAAUGGAUAAAUAUUUCAAGAAUUUCUAGUUCAUUGCACCCACUAAAAAUGUAUUGUAAACUUACAAAUGAAAAACGUUUUACUAAAAAAUUAGUUAACUAAAAAGUUACAGUUGAAAUAUGAAGUUCUUGCUGUAAUUUUCAAGUAGAAUACUAUUAUGAUAGUGCACACUGUUAAAACAUACAUAGUAUAAUCAUUUACAUGACAUCAGGGCUUGUAUGCCAAUAUCAGAUCAUCAAUCUUUGAAUUACUGCUCUAAAAUUUGUUGCUUUAUCCAGUCAAAAAUGUUUAAUACUGUAAAUUCAGAAAUUAUUGCGUGCAUUUAUUAUUGCGAUUUUGCCAUUUUAAACUUAAAUGCGAUUUUAAUUUUUGCGAUAUUGAGAAAAAUCCUGUUUAUAUCAUAUAAAAUAUUUCAAAAUGCGAUUUAAAUUAUCGCGAUUAUAAUCCUGUCGCAUUUUUCGCAAUAAUAAAAACAUUGCAAUAAUUUCUGAAUUUACAGUACAGACAGUGUUGCAUUAGAAUUAUCAUAUACCAUACUUCAUUAUUAAAAUGUAAUAUUUUACUUUUACUGAUAUUACUGCUAACUGACAGUAACUGCAAUGCAAAAAAUCAUUGAAGAUGAAGUUCUGAAAAUUUAACUACAAGAAGUUAGGACCAACUGAUGUAAUAUGUUAAAAAAAAGUCUGCUUACAUUUUUAUUUUUUUAUUGUGAAGUCAAAUAUCUUCUGUUAUGAAAUUUUAUUUCCUGAAAUGGAUGAAAAGUCAAAAUUUAUAAGAAGCAAAAUUAUGUAUUAAUCGUAUCUAAAUCUUAUUUUAAGGCAGUUUAUCUCUAUGUGAAUUGUAGUGAAGAAAAUACGAGUAAUUCUUGAUUGUGAUUGGUUGAUAGUUUUGUAUAUGUGAUUGAGUAUGUGAGAAUGUAUAAUUGAAAUAUAAAUAGUUUUAAAACUAGUGAAA